GAGUUACUUUCACUGUUUGAUAGGGGACUACUUACACUGCUAAUAUUACAGAAUUGACAGUGCCUGUGUUCAUCUGCAAGUUAGCUUAAUAAAAGGAGGAACAAUGGACUGGCUCCCAACAAAGAGUCAACAGAUGCUGGGGGAAGGUGUCCCACCUGAAAUGGAGAUGAUCUGGAAAGCUGAAGCACUCUGAAUGAACCAACAUGGGUUUGCGAGUGUUGGGCUGUCUCUUUAAUUUACCCACUGCUGUGAUCUAUGGGUCCCUGUCGCUCUUUGUUUCCAUUUUGCACAAUGUGUUCCUCCUGUAUUACGUGGACACCUUUGUUUCUGUUUACAAGAUUGAUAAACUGUCCUUUUGGAUUGGGGAGACAGUGUUUCUAAUUUGGAACAGCCUCAAUGACCCUCUCUUCGGCUGGUUGAGCGACCGGGUAUUUCUUAGCACACAACAGUCAGGGGUGGAGAUCUCCUCACCAGAAGUCAUUCUUAAGAGACUUAAGGCACUGAGCCGCAAUGGGCCCCUUUUUGCCAUCUCUUUCCUGGCUUUCUGGGUUUCAUGGGCCCAUCCAGGUCUCCAGUUCCUCCUCUGCCUCUGCCUCUAUGACAGCUUUCUUACCAUGGUGGAUCUCAACCACAAUGCCUUGCUCGCAGACCUUGCUGUUUCUGCAAAGGACAGGACUAGCCUAAAUUUCUACUGCUCGCUUUUUAGUGCCAUUGGUUCCCUCUCAGUCUUCAUGUCCUAUGCAGUGUGGAACAAAGAAGACUUCUUUUCUUUCCGGAUAUUUUGUGUGGUGCUGGCUCUCUGCUCUGUUGCUGGGUUUACUCUGGCAACGUGGUUGCUAAGACAACGAUUUGAGACUGAAGUGAAAGUGAAAUGGGACCAAGAAUCGACUUUAAAAGAAUUGUACAUUGAGCAACCAUCUGCCCCACUGGAGAAGAGGAUUACACUGGGCGAAUACCUCAAACAGCUGUCCCGGCACCACAACUUCCUCUGGUUCGUCUGUAUGAACCUAGUACAGGUUUUUCACUGCCACUUUAACAGCAACUUCUUCCCUCUCUUCUUGGAACACUUGCUGUCAGAUCGGAUCUCUCUCUCUACAGGAUCCUUCCUACUAGGUAUUUCCUACAUCGCCCCUCAUCUCAACAACCUCUAUUUUCUGUCUCUCUGUCAAAGAUGUGGGGUUUACGCGGUGGUGCGAGGGCUCUUCUUUCUGAAGCUGGCUCUCAGCAUCAUCAUGCUUCUAGCUGGACCCGACCAGGUGUAUCUUCUCUGCAUCUUCGUAGCCAGUAACCGGGUGUUCACGGAAGGAACCUGCAAGCUGCUGAACCUGGUUGUCACUGACCUGGUGGAUGAGGAUUUUGUCUUGAACCGCAGGAAACAGGCCGCCUCGGCGCUGUUGUUUGGGAUGGUUGCCUUGAUAACCAAGCCUGGCCAGACCUUUGCCCCCCUGAUUGGCACCUGGUUGCUCUGUACUUAUACUGGUUAUGACAUUUUCCAGCGGGCCCCUCUGAGCAACGUGGUGAGCGCCCAACCGAAGCUGGUGUCCAAUGCAGCCUGGGAACCAGCUCUGCGCCAGGGCUGCUUUUACCUCCUCGUCUUCAUCCCCAUCACAUGUGCAUUACUGCAGCUCCUCAGCUGGUCGCAGUUCAGUCUGCAUGGAAGGCGCCUCCAGACGGUCAAGUCCCAGCGCCAGAGCCUGACUCAGAGUCAAUCACGAGAGAUCAAAAUGAUCUAGAUGUGCCUGAGCCCUUCGGCUCUCACUGACCCUGUGCUGUGGGUGUGGUUACGCCUCUCUGCAGUCCAGGGGAUGCAGACUGAGGCGAGGGGGCUUGCUGGCUAAGAACUGAAAGUGUUUACGAUUCAACUGUGAAAUGCUCACAAUGCAGAUGUUUCCUCGCUCCAGGGGGUAGUCGGUUUGGAAGGCAGGUGCACCAGCGACAGAGGUGACUGGUGUGUGCUCAGAGUGGGGGUGUUUGCUCAGGCAAUCAGAUGGAGUCUUAGCUCUUGCACUUUCUGAGGUGCUGCUGAUCUCAAGGGAGGGUGGGUGACAGUGGCAUAGAGUAAAGGAGACAGACAUUCUAACACGGUCUCUAGUGCAGUAUCUCACCCUGUGGCGCAUCGGUGGGAGAGCAGAUGCUGUUGGGCCAGCCCCAUGGUGGUUUUGUGCAGUGCUAUCCAGGAGUCCUGGGCUCAGAGCAGCUCUGCACUAGAAAUUUUACCAGUGUGCUAGUUAAGGGGUAACUUGUUUUAUUUUUUACUGCAAAAGUCCCAGUGUAGAUGCAGUUAUACCAGCAAAAUAAGCUUUUGUGAAUAAGGCUUAUUUGGUUCAGGGAACUGGUAUAAGUCACACAGGCAAAAGCACUCUUGUGAGGCUGUAAGCUGCAUCUCCGCCUAGCCUGACCUGCAGUCCUUUCUAGUGUGGGCUAGGCCUUUGUCUCCUGCCCUGCUCUCGCUCCCUGGGUCAGCAUGAGCAGGUAGGGUUGCAGAGGCAUUGUGGUCAUCUCCUUCGUGGAAUGGAUGCUGUUCCUCACCAGGCUCUGCAGCCAGUUACAGGGCAGGCUUGACAUUCUCCAGCUGGAAGAAGUGCUGACUCUGAGGCAGGGCUCUGGAGUUAGAAGGGGGUUUACAGGACAAAAAGUUGGGAUGGGGGAAUCUUCUAGGUGUUUGGGAAUUGGGAUUUGAGACUCUUCAGUGCAGCUACUCCCUGCUGCCAUAAUGCCUGGCACUUAAUUGACUGCAGAGAAGUGACACAGUUCUUAGAUCAAGCCCAUUCUGUUGGGUUCAGGACAAGUCUGUUCCCCAGAAUCAUUUAAUGUGAAGCAGAAUUUCUUUAGCAAGAUCAACGCUCAUGUCACUGCUGUAGAAGUCUCUCCUGGGAUGUUGCUAAAUGCGACACUUCUUGAAGUCAUUCAACAGCCCAGAGGAAGCUGGGUGGACUUGCCCAUUGAGCUGGGAGCCCAAAUGAGGGGAACUCUCUGCUCAGACUCCCAAUGCUAAUUGCUUUCACGCAACCUGCAGAGGCUUAUGUGAAUGUGAUGCCGGAGUCCCUGCAGUGAACGGGCAGGGUGGGGGAGAGCCCACCUUCCCUGUGUUACUGCCUUUCAUCUGGGGGUUGCUUAUCUGCUUUUUCUCUGCUAAAUGGCUCCUAGUUCUUGAAGCCCAUUUUUAAACAGAGUUUAGGACCUCCUGAUGUAGGGAGGGGGCUCUAGAGCCACCCCCAUCCCAAAGGGAAUUGAUACAGCAACACCAGCUUUGCUGGGGACCUGUCCACCAGCAAGACCCAGACCCAGUGAGAUUACUGAGCACCAUAACCCCUCCUCUUUGCAGCCUGCAAGCAAGACAGCAAAGGGCCUUACCACACAAGCCCUGUGCGCUCACAAGCAUUCAUCCCUGCAGCACAAGUAAUCCCCCUGAAAUAACAGAACUGCCUCAGCCUGGAGCUGUAGGAUUGAGCUCCAUGGAACCAAACUGUACCUAGUAAGGGGAAUAGUUUUGUGUCUCCUCCAGUCUGGGGGCAGUGGAACCUCUAUUUUAAAUCAUCCUGACAAACCUGAUUAUGAGCCUUUAAGACUGAGCCCAUCCCUCUCCACUGCUGGGGAGGGGAAGCCCAAUGCAGCCCUGCUACUAGGUGGUUCUUGUACUCCUAGUUCUUCUCUUCUACCAUUAGUGAAAUUCAGGCCCCACUGAAGUUUAUAGUAGAACUCCCACUGCCUGCAGUGGGGGCAGGAUUUCACCCCAUCUGUGUAAAUAGACAUUAGUUUUGUGUCAUCAGAGAGUAUACGUGCUGAGACUUUAGAGCAGUAUCUAAACCAGUGAGAAUGCCAGCUCUGAUGAUAAACUGCUUAGAUUUUUUUGUCCUGUCUUAUUUUAAACCAUAUCCUAGUGGUUGACUGACUAACUCAGCAGCCAAACAGAAGUUCUGGAGCGAGAUAGCUUGAGGGGUUGAAAUCUACAGAAGACCUUCAUCACGCUGGGGUCAGAACAAGCGCACAUUUGUAGCUAACACAGCUCUGAUCCGGGUUGCAUGCAGGGGCCAUUGAUUUGGGACAUCGCCUAACUGCUUUUUCUCAGAAUGAUUUAUGCUGAGUGGGCAAAACUGGCUCAUGACCAAGAUGCAUCAUGCCAAAGCACUUUGGGAUUUGGUCUCAGUUUUAGCUGGAGGUGGACAAGCACCCACCUACUCUCACAGCUGCAGGAGAACAAGGAAAGCAUCGGGAGCAUGUGAAGGCCAAACUCCCCCAUCAUGUAUUUGCUGUGUAUUCAGACAGACACCAGCUAGGUGCCCGCUUUGGGGCUUCCUCUUGUUCUGCUGUUAAAGGUGGAGGCGACCAAACUACUGCCGUUUGACCUCAGGACCCAGCCGCCUCGGGUCUCAGACCAAGAUGUAACAAAGCUGCAAUAGUUACCGCCUGGAGGCGUCUUUAUCUUUUGAUGGUUAAAUCAUAACUUAUUUAUGUAAUUUUUAACACACUUUGACAGAUUCUUCAUUUCCUAAUGAGCUGAUUAAAAAUGACCUUUUGUGUAUUGCUGUUCUGCGG